AUGGCGAUGGCCCGUCCUCACCACCGGGCCUCGUCCACAGCAUCCUCAUCGUCCAUCGAACACCCAGCGCCGCUCACCACAGCUCCAACACCAGCUUCACAUCGCGACACUUCCACCCGCAACCACAAACGACACCACAGUCACAACCACCACGCCGACUCCUCCACCUCGUCCUCGUCCUCCCCUCCGCCCGUCCACCCAUCCCUCCUGCAACCGCGAGUCGCCGUCGUCCUCAACGUCCCUCCGCCCUGGCACCCAUGGCUCUUCGCCCUCCGCCUCUGUUCGAUUCUUCCCGCCCUAUGGUGGGGUCUACCAUGUGCUCUGCAGCUCCUCCUACGUCUUCUCCCCGGCCCUGAUCGAAUCCUAGUCGUGCGACCGAAUCGUACAUGCACAACUGGGUCGUGCGACAGCGGCGACGAUGCCGUCCCCUUUGCCCUGACAGAAGGCGCCCUGGCCACAAUAUGGUGCUUCGCCUGCGGCUACCUCUCCUUCUUCUUUACCGAUUGCCUCAUGUCAAGAUGGCUCAUCCACUACACUCCCCAGGCGACAAUCGUCCGAUUACUAACAAUAAACGCCGUAAAUGCGUACCUCACCAUGACGGUCCUCUCUUUUGCAGGCGGCUUUGAAGAUCCCCGGCUCAUGCUCCCUGGUUGGAUCGGCAUAGCAACUACACUUACGGUAUGCUACCAUAUAACACACCAAAAAAUCAACAUACGCAAAGAAACGUCCACGUCCGUCAACGUCUUUUCAAUAGCGAGCUACAUCAGCAUGGUCACUCUGCUGAUUCACAUGCAUUCGUUUCAACAAGAUUACCCCGCCAUGCCCCUGGUUGGACGGCUGAGGAGGAUGUGGAAUGAUGGAUACGCCAUGUUGGUCCAGAUUAAGGGGUCCAUCGAACGAGCAGAGCUCUAG